GGAGCUAGGAAACCACUCUCUGAGUUAAGGCUCUGAAGAGGCAGAAGGAAACCUGUGGAAUGCCCAGACGCUGUUAAAUGAAAUAACGUCACCCUGCUCCUCACCAUUAUUCUGACCAGGGUUCGAAGGUCACACUUAGUGCCCACAACAGAAGGCCCCUCAAGCUCUAAGAAGAAAUGGAGAAGUGCAAGGGGAUGAGCAACACCUCAGCUGAGGUGAAGAUGAGCAGCUCAGAGGAAGUGUCCUGGAUUUCCUGGUUCUGUGGGCUCCGUGGCAAUGAAUUCUUCUGUGAAGUGGAUGAAGACUACAUCCAGGACAAAUUCAAUCUCACUGGACUCAAUGAGCAGGUGCCUCACUAUAGACAAGCUCUAGACAUGAUCUUGGACCUGGAGCCUGAUGAAGAGCUGGAAGACAACCCCAACCAGAGUGACCUGAUUGAGCAGGCAGCUGAGAUGCUUUAUGGAUUGAUCCACGCCCGCUAUAUCCUCACCAACCGUGGCAUCGCCCAGAUGUUGGAAAAGUACCAGCAAGGAGACUUUGGCUACUGUCCCCGUGUGUACUGUGAGAACCAGCCAAUGCUUCCCAUCGGCCUUUCGGACAUCCCAGGUGAGGCCAUGGUGAAGCUCUACUGCCCCAAGUGCAUGGAUGUGUACACACCCAAGUCAUCGAGACACCAUCACACGGACGGCGCCUACUUCGGCACCGGUUUCCCUCACAUGCUCUUCAUGGUGCACCCUGAGUACCGGCCGAAACGGCCCGCCAACCAGUUUGUGCCCAGGCUCUACGGUUUCAAGAUCCAUCCAAUGGCCUACCAGCUGCAGCUCCAAGCCGCCAGCAACUUCAAGAGCCCAGUCAAGACGAUUCGCUGAUUCCCCACCCAACCUGUCCCUCUGCCUUUAACACCUCUAUUCCUUUGCUGCCACCCUUUCAGGAACCCUCUAUGGUUUUUAGUUUAAAUUAAAGGAGUCAUUAUUGUGGUGGGAAUAUGAAAUAAAGUGGAAGAAAAGGCCA